CCCGGGCUGGCAGGGAGCUGAGCAUCACUGAGAGCCUGGCUAAAUGCUCCUGAGAUAAAUGCUGCCGCCUCUCCCCCCGUCCCUCCGGUCCUGCUCUGACGCAGGGGGAGCUGCAGGGCUGAAGGAAACUUGUUUGAGGUCCUAAUUACAUCUCCAUGGAAGAGGGACACUCAUAUCCUCUUCUGAUAAAAGGCAGUGAUAAAUCCUGCGGGAGCAGCAGCUCCAGAGCACUCCGCCGCCCGCCGCUGCCAGCUCCUCGCUCCGGGAUGCACCCAGGGGUGUCAGGACACCCACAGCCCUGAGCACCAGGAGGGCUGCGGCAGGAGCCAGAGGACCGAGACCCCCGGCGAUGCCCCCGGAUGCCGUCCCCGCGCCCCGGCGCUGGCUGGUGGAGGCCAGGGCGUCGCGGAGGCUGGUGCUGGCGGUGGUGUUCGUGGCACUGCUGCUGGACAACAUGCUGCUGACGGUCGUGGUACCGAUCAUCCCCACCUUCCUGUAUACAACAGAGUACAAAGGUGCUAACAGCUCUGCUGCCCCUCGCCAGCCUGAGUCGGCUCCUUCAGCCGUGGAGGCUUCUCCUUUCUCCUCCGUGUUCUCCUAUUUUGACAACAGCACCGUGACCGUCUCAGGCUCCUCCAGCACCGCAGAGCCGCUGAAUGGGACCACGAGCGGGCACUCGCUGCAGCCCACCACGAGCCCCUCACCCCCACCGAGCGGCUGCCUGCAGGGCGAGGAGUUCCUUGCCAACGAAAACGUCCGCGUGGGGCUGCUCUUUGCCUCCAAGGCUCUCGUCCAGCUGCUGGUCAACCCCUUUGUGGGUCUCCUGACCAACAGGAUAGGAUACCACAUCCCCAUGUUCAUCGGCUUCAUCAUCAUGUUCCUCUCCACAGUCAUGUUUGCCUUCUCCGGCACCUACACCUUGCUGUUCAUUGCCCGAGCUCUCCAAGGCGUCGGUUCCUCAUUCUCAUCAGUCGCAGGCUUGGGCAUGCUGGCCAGCAUCUACACGGACGACUUCGAGAGGGGCAACGCCAUGGGCAUCGCUCUCGGAGGCUUGGCGUUGGGUGUGCUGAUCGGGGCCCCCUUCGGAAGCGUGAUGUACGAAUUCACGGGGAAAGCCUCUCCCUUCCUGGUCCUGGCAUUCUUAGCCCUGCUGGAUGGAGCUCUGCAGCUUUGCAUUCUGCAGCCCUCCAAGAUCUCCCCCGAGAGCACCCAGGGCACGCCGGUGUUCACCCUGCUGCGGGACCCCUACAUCCUGGUGGCUGCGGGAGCCCUCUGCUUCUCCAACAUGGGGGUGGCCAUGCUCGAACCCACCUUGCCCAUCUGGAUGAUGCAAACCAUGUGCUCCCCGAAAUGGCAGCUCGGGAUGGCGUUCCUUCCUGCCAGCAUAUCCUACCUCAUCGGCACCAACCUCUUUGGGGUCCUGGCUAACAAAAUGGGUCGGUGGCUGUGCUCCCUGAUUGGCAUGGCCGUGGUGGGAAUCAGUCUCCUUUGUGUGCCUCUGGCCAAAAGCAUUUACGGGCUGAUCGGCCCAAACGGCGGGCUGGGCUUUGCCAUAGGAAUGGUGGACUCCUCCAUGAUGCCGAUUAUGGGCUACCUCGUGGACCUUCGCCACACCUCCGUCUACGGCAAUGUCUACGCCAUAGCUGAUGUUGCCUUCUGCAUGGGCUUUGCAAUUGGUCCAUCCACGGGUGGUGCAAUUGUACGAGCUAUUGGGUUUCCCUGGCUGAUGGUCAUCAUUGGAGUUAUCAACAUUGCUUACGCCCCUCUCUGUUGGUACUUGCGCAGCCCUCCUGCCAGGGAGGAGAAGAUCGCCAUCUUAAACCAGGAAUGCCCCAUGCAAACCAAAAGCUAUACCACUCAGAAGCCCCUGCGAGAUUUCCCUCUCACAGAUGGCAGUGACGUGGAGGCAGAAAAUGAGGAAUAGCAAGAGCAAGGAUGCAUGUCCUGUUUGAAGCUUAAGUUUACAGCCAUGGAUGUGAUAGCACCCAGGAAUAACCCCGACUCCCCAAGACUAAUGACACAGGACAAACGUGGGCUGUAUUGUUCUCCUGUUCUCCAGGCCAUGUAACCCACAUCAGGGACCAGGGACACAGGCUUUGGAGGCUCUGUCUGUUUAGCUGUGCUGCUCCUUUGCUAUGUGACUUCCAGACAAGUCACCCAAAUUACAUCUCAUCUGUAAAGAACUUGUGAAGAUGAAAUGAACUGCAUCAUCCUGCAAAACAACACUGUCCUGGGCACAGUCUGCCCACGUAGUGGGGAAUAAGAUCAACACCUCUCCCAAAUGAGUCCUGUGGUAUUUGUAAAUAUCUUUAAAGUGCUUACUGCUCUUGAAAGAAAAGCACCAGAGAAAACCAAAAUGAAAUCAGCAGCAACACUUCUUUCUCCAGAAUUCCACUGCAAUUCCCAUUGUGAAACCUUUCUGUAAC